AGGCUUGUCUCGUGACGUCAUCCCACAGCGCCGGAAGUGGCGCGUCCCGGAAGAGAAACGUGAGGUUGUCUGUGUCCGCUGUUUCGAGAGUAAUGAUGCGGGUGUGCUGGUUGGUGAGACAGGAUAGCCGGCACCAGCGAAUCAGACUUCCACAUUUGGAGGCAGUGGUGGUUGGGCGUGGCCCAGAGACCAAGAUCAUUGACAAGAAAUGUUCUCGACAGCAAGUACAGUUGAAAGCAGAGUGUAACAAAGGAUAUGUCAAGGUAAAGCAGGUAGGGGUCAAUCCCACCAGCAUUGAUUCAGUCAUAAUUGGGAAGGACCAAGAGGUGAAGCUGCAGCCUGGCCAGGUUCUCCACAUGGUGAAUGAACUUUAUCCAUAUAUUGUAGAGUUUGAGGAAGAGGCAGAGAGCCCUGGCCUGGAAACACACAGGAAGAGAAAGAGGUCAGGCAACAAUGAUUCUAUAGAAAGGGGUGCUGCCCAGGAAGCUGACUCCCAUACAGGACUGGAACCUGGGAGUGACCCUGGCCAAUGCUCUGUGCCCUCAAAGAAGGAGAAAGAUGCAUCUACCAAAAAGGAAUCAUUGGGCCACUGGAGUCAAGGCUUAAAAAUUUCUAUGCAGGAUCCCAAAAUGCAGGUUUACAAAGAUGAGCAGGUAGUGGUGAUUAAGGAUAAAUACCCCAAGGCUCGUCACCACUGGCUGGUCUUACCAUGGGCUUCCAUUUCCAGUCUGAAGGCUGUGACCAGGGAACAUCUUGAGCUCCUUAAACACAUGCACACUGUGGGGGAAAAGAUGAUUACAGAUUUUGCUGGGUCCAGCAAACUCCGCUUCCGAUUGGGUUACCAUGCCAUUCCCAGCAUGAGCCAUGUACAUCUUCAUGUGAUCAGCCAGGAUUUUGAUUCUCCUUGCCUCAAAAACAAAAAACAUUGGAAUUCUUUCAAUACAGAAUACUUCAUAGAAUCGCAAGCUGUGAUAGAGAUGGUACAGACCGCUGGCAGAGUGAGUGUCCGAGAUGGGAUGCCUGAGCUCUUGAAGCUGCCCCUCCGUUGUCACGAGUGCCAGCAGCUGCUGCCUUCCAUUCCUCAGCUGAAAGAGCAUCUCAGAAGACACUGGCCAAAGUGAUUCUGUGGAGCCUGAACUUUUGCAGCAGGAUAAGGGGAACUCCUUCCUAUACAAAUCCAACUCCUCACCUUGAUCACAAGUCCAAGAUGGAAGCAUCUGUGUUCUGGGCAGGAGGAUGGAAGAGAAGGUGAAGAAGGGGAUCAAGGAUUCACACAUACUCUUUGAGGAAGUUUCCUGGAAUCUCCUCCAUGAUUCUUCUUUUUGUAUUACCAUGGCCAAAAUUCAGCCACAAGCCAAAGGUGACCAAGCUUUAAGGGCAGCUGUGAGAUAUAACCUUUAUUUUUGGCAAAUCCAUGCUCAACUAAAAUUUUUAUUAUUACAGAAGCAGCAUAGAAUGUAAAUUAGAGACAUUGAACAGUGUCUACCAGUAUUCCUUUGCACAUGAAAAAAAAAUUAAGUUCCCUCACUCUUUUUUCUUAUUUUUUACUUAUAUUGCAAAUAUUUUGCAAAUACUACCUUUUAAUUUUAUAAUCUUUAAUUUUUUUAUGCUCUCAUCAUACAGAAGAGGGAACAUGAAGGGGGGAGAAGGGCAGAGGCAGAGAGAGGAAAUCCCCAGCAGGCUCCAUGCUCAGCACAGAGCCCAAUGUGGGCUUGAUGCGGAACUUGAUCCCAUGACCCUGGGACCAUGACCCAAGCCAAAAUCAAGAGUGGGACCCUCAACCGACUGAGCCACGCAGGUACCCCAGGCAUUCCGUUUUAUGAAACUAAUUUCUUGUUUCUGGAUUUUAUAUUUUGCUUAAGUAAGCCUUCCUUAUCCAUAUGUUCUCAUAUUUUCUUUUGGUAGUUUUAUACUUUUGUUUUUUUUUUUACUUUAGAUCUUCAUUAUAUGUGGUAUUUAAAUUUUGGUAGUGUGACAUAGGGAUCCAUCUUUAUUUUUUCAAUUUUUAUCUAACUCCAACUCGUUUUAAACUAGCCUUCAUUCUCAUUCAUUUGAAAUGCCACAUUUAUGGUGAACUAAAUGUUAAUACAUACACAAGUCUGUUAUGGUCUCCCUAUUUCAGUUAUAUUGAGCUAUUACUAAACUCUCAAUUUUUGUUACCAUGGUUUUGUAGAAUUUCUUUAUUCUUCACUCUUUUUCUUCUUUUCCUCCCCACUCCUCCUCCUUUCUCUACUCUUACUUUCAUUUCACCUAGCUGAGCUUGUAGGACACUCCUAUGAGGGUGAGACAAACUGGUACAAGCUUCCACCUCUGUUUUCUUCACUGUAGAAUCUUUGUGCCUCUUGUACUCAGCACCUUUACGUUUCUUUGCUGCCUAAUGUCACCUUUCUGGGUCUUGCAUUGUGUGAGAUGCUGCCAUUGGAUGGAUUGCUGCUUAUAGUUGACUUGUUCUUUGUGCUUCAUCCUUUUGAUCCUUUGUGUGUGUAUAAAAUCUAUUUAUUUUUAUGACUAUAUUUAAACAUUUUCCCUAAGUUCUCUGAAGAUGUAAAAUCAAUUGUUGACAUCAAUACAUGUGAAUCCACCUCUUUAUUUCCUUUUAUUUAUCUUUUUUGACUGCCUGACUGGUUUCUUCAGGAAGGAUGAAAUUGUUUUCUGAGUCAAUGAGCUGCUAAAUCUCAGAAUCAGGUAGCACAUGAAUGUUACAUGGUGCUCAGUGGUUUAUACGGCCUUGGAAACAGUUUGCUACCUAAAGUUCUGGUGAACUUGUCCUGGAUGCAGAUAAUAAGGGAGUGCUUGUGGGUGGUUCAGCAGGAUGAGAAAUAGGCACACCUCUCCCUAGAGCUUUAUCUCUCUAGACUUUUUGGGCCACUUUUCUGCUAUCCACUUUGACUUUCUCUAUGGUCAUGGCCUGUCUGAUCAGUGUUCUUCUUUAACAUUUUAUUGUCUUGUCUACAGUUUCUUUUCCAGAUGAAUUUCCUAUUCAACUUGUCAGAAUCUAAUAAAAAAGUCUCACAA